AAUAAAAUUGAAGAAAGGUAAAGUUGGAAGCAAGAAGAAUUAAGUAUUACACAUUAUAGAAACGUAAAAAUAGUGUUUCCUCAUCUAGAAAUAUUUGUAGGGGAAUAAGAACUGUACAUAAGUGAAAAGUGAAGAAACAGUGGUUUAUUCCUGUGCGUGCAUAAUUUAUUUGAAUGGUAACCCUAAAUGAUAGUGGGCAACUGGAAAAUAUGACAUUUGUGUGCUUCUGAAAAUAGCAUUAUUUUGUUUCAUAAUUUUGAUAUUGAUAAACACUGAAGGAAUGAGUCAUGAAAUGAGUGAGAUAUACAUAUAUAUAUAUUGGGCACAUAACUUUUUUAUCAGUACUUUAUCAAUGCUAGUUGUAUCUCUGUACUGAAAAUGGCUAGUACCUCUACAAACGAGCUCUGUUUUUUCCUCCGUAUAAAACAUUUUCCACCGGUUAUAGAUGGAAGAAUUAAUAUACAAGAAUUUAUAGAAGCAUCUACGGAUUUAGUUGCAGUAGUAGAACGGCUUGGCUCAGUAUUCGCUCCUGUAAAGUUUGAUAUGCAAGGAAAUAUCGACAAAUUAAAAAAUCUUUACAAAUAUGACGACAAUUCUUGCUUACUGGAGUUAAUGCUUGCUGAAAAUGCUAAUGGUUCGCCUGUUGCAGCUGAAGGUGUACUGUGGCUAAACAGGGCCUUGCUAUUUUUUGAGAUUUUGUUUUCACAAAUCCUGUCCCACGUUCAAGCCAAUGAUAUUGAUAUAAAUAUGAAAAAAAUAUUUACUGUGGCUUAUGAGGGGUCUGUGAAAAGAUAUCACAACUGGGUCACCCAACAAAUAUUUUCUUUUAUAUGUAAAAUGUCCCCGACUCUUCCUCAAGUAAUGAAAUCUUUUGAAAUGGACAAUGACAUAAAAGGAUUUGAAACAAAAAUUGAAAGCUUUCACAAAACUUUGCAUUUAGUUAGACAGAAAAUUGAUGAGUUCUUUACAGAGAAUAAUCUAUUCACUGAACAAAUAAAGAAGUAAUUAUUUAUUGAAAAUAUUGACAAUUUAUUAUUAUAAAAUUUAAAUGUACUAUUUGACUUUGAAAUAUAUAUUUUUUUUAUUUUAAGCAUAAUUUUAUUUAGGUAUAGUAUGAGUGAAUAAGAAUGACAAGUAUUUUGAAUGCUAAAUUGUACAUAAUAUUAAAUACCAAAUAUUAUAAUAAUGCCUAAGAGUGUACCAUAGUGCUGUGUUAGUAAGGUUAGAGUAUGCGCCUGAGGCUGUUUUGUGGUUGAAGAAAAGAGAAUAGAUAAUAUAAUUUAUUUUAUAAUUCCAUAAGAUAAAUAGCACUAAUGAAUUGUAUUCUGAUGUGUGGUAGUCCAGAGACAUUUUGUUUAUCUAUAAUUUAUGAUUAGAAGAAAGAAAUAAUGUCCAGUGCCUUGUGAAAUAUUUGAAGGCAAAGUAACAAUUUUAUAAGACUCCAAACAUUUUACCAAGAGGUUAUAUUUGAUACAAUUAAGAUGUAGAUUAUAGUUCGAUGGUAGGUAUGUCAUAAUACCUCAAGAUAAAGGUAUUAAUAGGUUUACAAAUAGUGUUUUGUGUGAUUCAUUAUGAAGUAAUGUUUAUUUAAAGUUAUUAUGAGUGUACAAUGUAUUUAAACUUUGAUAAUUGCUGUUAUUGUAUCUUGAUCUUAAUUUAGAUUGUAUUAUGUUACAAUAUGUGUAUCAACUAAUAUUUAAUUAUUACGAAUACCAAAGCUUUGCUUUCAUACACUUUCACAUUUAUAUUCAAGUCCUUAAUUAAUAAAGUGAGCAUUUAAUGUUGUGUAACAACAUAAUAAAGUCUUUUCAUGUAA